GUAAACACCCAGCAGUUCUGUGUCUCUGGGGCUGUAGGAGCUGCCCAGCCCUGCAAGGAGGGCCCUGCUCCGAGUAGGAGUUAAAACACAAGGGCAGCUUUUCACCAGCUCUGACAUUUGCCACCUACAAAACAAGACUAUUCUAACAAGAAACAAGACUUCUCUAUUUCUAACCCAGCGUUUCUAAAAGUUCUCACCCCCUGGCAAUGCUUCAGUUCCAAUUCUGGUUCUCCCUCCCGAGAAAACCAGUGGUUGUGGCAGUGCCAGAGGCAGAAGGCACAGGGAGUUGUCCGAGGAGAUUCCUCCGGGUUUCUAGGGAGAACCAGAAGGUUUAGGAAGCCCCUUCCAUGCAUCCCUCGAGCUCUUUCCUGCUCCAGCACAGGUACUUGUUUCCAGCCAUCGAGCUCUUCGUGAAGGCUGGCAGUGAUGGGGAAAGCAUUGGAAACUGCCCCUUCUCGCAGCGCCUCUUCAUGAUCCUGUGGCUGAAGGGGGUCAUAUUCAACGUCACCACCGUGGAUUUGAAAAGAAAACCUGCAGACCUGCAGAACCUGGCCCCGGGCACCAACCCCCCCUUCAUGACCUUCGACGGCGAAGUGAAAACCGACGUCAACAAGAUCGAGGAAUUCUUGGAAGAGAAGCUGGUGCCACCCCGGUAUCCCAAACUUGCCCCCAAGCACCCCGAGUCCAACUCUGCGGGAAAUGACGUGUUUGCCAAGUUCUCUGCGUUUAUAAAGAACCCGAGGAAAGAUGCAAAUGAAAAUUUGGAAAAGUCUCUGCUGAAAGCCCUGAGGAAGCUGGACAACUAUUUAAACAGCCCCCUGCCUGACGAAAUCGAUGCUUACAGCACGGAGGAGAUCACCGUUUCCAGCCGGAAAUUCCUGGAUGGAGAUGAGCUCACUUUAGCCGAUUGCAACCUCCUACCAAAGCUCCACAUAAUCAAGGUUGUGGCGAAAAAAUACCGAAAUUUCGAUUUCCCCCCUGAAAUGACAGGGAUUUCCAGAUACUUGAACAAUGCAUAUGCAAGAGAUGAAUUCACAAACACUUGCCCUGCUGAUCAAGAGAUUGAAUAUGCCUAUUUGGAUGUGGCCAAGAGAAUGAAGUAACCAGAAGAUGCCUCUGUUCCUUGCUCCUGAGACGGGAAAGCAAAAGCCAGCAGAUGUUCUGCGGGGUGAUUUUAAGUUCUGCUAUCGGCCAAUCCUUUUAUAAUGAUUGUACUGCAUUGUUUGCUCCUUCUUCAGUUCUCUGUGUGCAUGUUGGUGUGUCUUGCACACACGAGUGUCUCUUGUCCCUUCCAAGGUAAAGGCAUCCACCAAUAUUAAAGAUCUGCUGAAUUUUGGGAAGCAGUGUAGGUCACACAGUGAUAGCAAACCCACAGGCUAAACGGUUGAAUUUGGGGCAGGAACAGCCCUGUUUGUGCCCCACCUUUCACCUGGGGGUGUUGCUGCCCCUGCUCUCUGUCCCGCAGUUGUUGCCACACUCCACAGUCAAGGAAAGGUUUCUCUUUGAUGACUAAGCCAGGAGAGAGGCCAACCUGCAGUGGGACCACACCUGGUGUCCCCAAAGUUUGUUCUCUGUGCCAGAAACCUGCAGGGCAGGUUGACCUGGAACAACUCCUUUUCACCUGGCACGGCUCCUUUCCUUUGGCAUGGAAAAUAAAUUAAGAAGAAUUCCUGCCUUCUACUCUCCCAGGGCUGCAUAACCCAUCAAACUUCCCCCCCUGGUGCUCCCAAAGACAGGAAUUCUGGCCUGGGGACCAUCUGCUCUUAGAUAUUUGAUGAGGGAGGAGGAGGGAGAGACUUGGUUGUCACUACAGACAGAAGAUGUGGGUGAACAUCCAUCCCCAGAUACUGAUGUGGGGUUCCUUUGUCAUCCUUCCAUGGCUCUUAUUUGGAUUUGGAAAGCAAAGAGGGGCAGAAGGUCUAAGAAAGGAACAAUCCUUCUGUAUUCCCUGACAGGAGGGGGAGCCGGGGGGGGUCGGGCUCUGCUGCCAGGGAACAAGGGACAGGAGGAGAGGGAACAGCCUCCAGCUGUGCCAGGGGAGGCUCAGGUUGGAGAGGAGGAGGAAUUUGUUGCUGGAAAGGGUGGUCAGGCCUUGGCAGGGGCUGCCCAGGGGCUGUGACAACACACGGACUUCAUUUAGCAGUACGGGUUUUAUUCAACAACAAAUGUGAGGCAGAGACACAGAGAGAAAAGAGGUGUCAGAGAGAGGGAACCAGAUGAGCUUUAAGGUCCCUCCCAACCCAAACCAUUCUGAUUCUAGAAGAUUUAUGGACUCCAAAAAGUGACAUCCACAGCUGCUUCCUGCUGAGCAGGCCCUCAGCAAGGGCACAGGAGUAGAGGGUGCAACACUUUAGUCAUCGGGUCACAUAAAGGUUUCCUUCCAGUGGAUUUUUGUGGACAAAAAAACGCGUGAGAACAGCUAAAAAGGGCCUUUACAGCUCCUGCAGCCACAAAAAGACUCUGAAGGGCUAAUCAUUGCUGCUUGCCCACAUCAAACCUGCGCUUGCUUCCUAACAAAGCUUGACUUAAAGGCAACAGUCAGGGUCAGAGUGUGUCUGUGGAGGCUUUGCUGGGCAGUCCUGGGGCAGAUGUGUUUGGAUCCCAAUCAUCUGUCAGUCAGGUUCAACGUGCAGGUUUAGUUUGCCUUUAGAGAGGACGGACACGCCUGCCCUGCCACCCUCAACUGGGAACUCUCCUGCUGGGGUUGGGAGCUGAGCAGUCCCUCGUCACAGAUCACUGACUGGUACUGGAGUUUUCAAAUGCAUAAAUAUCUAGAGUAGAUAAAAAAAUGAAAUCUGUACACUCUUUUCUUAUGCCUUACAAAUUUA